GGGAAAAAAACACGGAAAUGCCGUAAAGAAAAACAACAGGAGGACGACACGUCGUCUGUGUGCAGAAACGUCCUCUAGUCAAGCAAAGUGUGUUGUUGCUGAAUACAUUCCAUUGGAUUCCGCACCGCAGCGCUGUCCGGCGCCUCGUGCUUAUCUCUCCUAACAGAAUGGAGAGAGACACGGGUGUAGUUGUGGCCACAGAGAGGUACGGCAGCGCAGAGUCCUGGACGUACGUAGCGAGGGAUGGAGCGAUGCAACGGAGGAGAGGUGGCAGUGAAGGCUCAUCAAGAAGCAACUCGAUCGUUGCCGUUUUCAAAAGCGUGUUUCUGCCUCAGGGCUAUCCAGAGAGUGUGAGCGAUGACUAUCUGCAGUAUCAGUUCUGGGAUACUGUACAGGCGUUCUCCAGCUCCCUGUCAGGGACUCUGGCCACCCAGGCGUCUCUUAAAGGAGUGGGUGUUGGAAACCAGGAGGCAACAGUAGCUGCAGCCACUGUCACCUGGCUGUUAAGAGAUGGUACCGGCAUGUUGGGGAGAAUCCUCUUUGCCUGGCAGAAAGGGAAUAAGUUGGACUCUGAAGCUAAAAAGUGGAGGCUUUUCGCUGAUGUUCUCAAUGACAUUGCCAUGUUCAUGGAAAUACUGGCUCCAUACUUUCCCACUUGCUUCACACUGAUUGUGUGCACUGCAGGGGUUUUUAAGUCCAUUGUUGGAGUGGCAGGCGGAGCCACCAGAGCUGCUCUGACCGUCCAUCAGGCUCGCAGAGACAACAUGGCUGACAUUUCUGCCAAAGAUGGGAGCCAGGAGACUUUGGUGAAUUUGGCUGGGUUGCUGGUCAGUUUGGUUCUUAUUCCUAUUGUCACUGAUAAUACCAUACUGACUCUCAGCCUCUUCUUCCUCUUUACCAUCCUACACCUCUUUGCCAAUUACAAGGCUGUGAGGUCAGUCGUCAUGGAAACCUUUAAUGAGGCACGGCUUUCCAUUGUGCUUCAUCAAUACCUGAGUAACAAAGCAAUCCUAAGUCCAUAUGAGGCCAAUCAGAGAGAACCUGUUUUCAUAGACUUUAGGAAAAUAGUUCAUAUCAGACUUGGAGUGAGACUACAGGAGGUUGUACAAAGUCCAGAGGAGCUUGAUUUGGCUUUGAAGAGAAAUAACCAGCCUUACCUAAUGGGAGUAAGAAAUGGCUCUGUUUGUGUUUGCUUGGGACCAGAUGCCACAGCACAGGAUGAAAUCAGAGCGAUGUGCCAGGCCAUGUGGCUCCGCAACAUGCUGAGUGAUCCAUCUUUACAGAAUCAUCAAAAUCUCUGGGAAAUGGUGCAUGAGAGUUACAAACUCAUGGAUGCAGUCUUCAGUCCAUUCCUUAAAGGAUUGGAAGCUGCAGGAUGGGACAUAAAGCGAACUCUGCUUGACUGGGAUGAGUGGCGGGUUGAGUGGAAAACCAAAAGUAGCUGAACUGGAAGACAUCUACAGCUGUUUCUACUUUUUUCUACCACGUUGUUCAACAUUUUUCAAAGACAUUUUAUUUGAUUUGUACUGAAGUUGAAUUUCAAGGUAAAUACAAGUAUAGGGAAAAUUCUGUAUUUGUCAAGCAAGUAUAAAUGAUGUUAUUGAUGGCUAAUUAAAAAAAUAAUUAAUCCGGA